AAAGCUUCCGCUAGGCAGAACGGAGACACUUUGGGCAACCCAGACACCCAAUGUAAAAGGAAGGUGGCAGCCUUGGGGCCGCUGCACAUGUGCAGGCAACUCUCAGGGGCUGAAGGGUUGAGGGGCGAACAGGGAUGGGCGAUAGUGCUCGACUCUGAGCGAGGUCAAGAUGGACGAGGAUGUACUGACCACCCUGAAGAUCCUCAUCAUCAGCGAGAGUGGGUUGGGCAAGUCUAGCCUGCUCCUGAGGUUCACAGAUGAUACUUUUGAUCCAGAACUUGCAGCAACAGUAGGUGUUGACUUUAAGGUGAAAACAAUUUCAGUGCAUGGAAAUAAAGCUAAACUUGCAAUCAAAGAAAAUCGCAAACUUGAUAGAAAUGAGGGCCUGAAAUUCACACGAAAGCAUUCCAUGUUAUUUAUAGAGGCAAGUGCAAAAACCUGUGAUGGUAUACAAUGUGCCUUUGAAGAACUGGUUGAAAAGAUCACUCAGACGCCGGGACUGUCACACAGGGAAGAAAGCCAUGGCGAAGCAGCCUGUGGCGGUUACUGUUCUGUGUUAUAAACUCUGGGAAAUUCUAUCUCUCUUGCAUAUUUGAUCAGGUAGUGACAUCUUUCUGUAUAUAAACUCACUGCUGUUUUAGGGAUCUUGCAGUUUGCUCACAAUUGUUUUGUGUCAUGGCAGUAAAU